AUGAUCGACCUGGGGCUGGCCCGCGUCGCUCGUCUGGUGCAGCACACGCCGCAGACAUGGAAGGCGAUCCACGUGGCUGGGACAAACGGCAAGGGCUCAAUAUGCGCCUAUCUCUCGGCCAUGCUCACCGCCAGCGGCCUUUCGCACGCGCGCUUCACCUCGCCGCAUCUGAUUGACCGCUGGGAUUGCGUUGCCGUCAAUGGCCGGCCUGUCUCCGAGGCCGUCUUUCGGGAUGCCGAAGAUGUGGUGAAGCAGAGGGACAGAGAACAGCGGCUUGGCGCUACCGAGUUUGAGCUCCUGACGGCGACCGCCUUUGAGAUCUUCCACCGCCAGAAAGUCGAGUUUGGCCUGGUUGAGGUCGGUCUCGGCGGCAGGUUGGAUGCCACCAAUGUACUGAAGCAGAAAGCCGUCACCGUUAUUGCAAAGAUCGGUCUCGAUCAUCAGUCUUUUCUUGGCAAUACGAUUGGCGAGAUUGCUCUGCAAAAGGCAGGCAUCAUGCGUCGCGGUGUCCCUUGCGUGGUGGAUGGCAGCAACGGACCGGCUGUCCUGGAAGUCAUCAAGAAGCAUGCGGAGGACGUGGGCGCCGAGGUUCACUGCGCUUCCACGAGGGAGGUUGCCGAGUUGCUGUCCAGUGAGGAAUACGAACCGCAUCAGAUACAGAAUCUGGCGUGUGCUCAUCUAGCUUUCCGACUGGCGUGUCCGAACCAGGACCGCCCUUUGGCCCAGUUCCUACCCGCCAUCAGACAGAUGUCGUGGCCGGGCCGAUUGCAAAGACUUGACCUCGAGAAGAUUACAGGUCGUCGGCAAGACGUACUUCUUGAUGGUGCUCAUAAUCCCCAGUCGGCCGAGGUUUUGGCGCUCUACGUCAACAAACACCUCCGCGCAAAGGGACAGCCAAUUACCUGGGUUCUGGCGGCUACACAGGGCAAGGACAUGGACGGCAUUCUUGGGUUGCUUCUUCGGCCCGGCGACAAGGUCGUCGCUGUCCGUUUCGGGCUCGUUGAUGGAAUGCCCUGGGUCAAGGCCGCGGAUCCCGAAAUGCUGCUGCAAACUGCUGCCCGGCACGGCGUCGAAGCGGCAGCCACGUACAACGCCGGAGACGAUGUCAAAGGGGCGUUAACCUGGGCAUCCCAGGCGGCUGGGGAUAAUUCUAUGUUGUCCACAAAAAGCGGGUUUGGCGCUGUCAAUAACCCUCAUCGAUCGCAUUUACUUACCCUUGCAUACUCCCAUACCAUGCCCGCCCCGCGGCAUCUCAUUAUCGUCUGUGGCCACGCGAUUUGGCUAGGCGGGCCCAAAAAUGGCUGGGAUGAGGCCGAGUGGCUGAUUGAAGGCUACAAGCAAGGCGAGACACCGACGUUCAUCGAGCACAUCAAAGCUGGUGUGCAGGCGCUCAGUCAAGACGAAACCGCCGUCCUGGUGUUUUCAGGCGGCCCGACCCGCCAGGAAACCAGACUCUCCGAGGCCCAGAGCUACUACAACCUUGUCGUCGCCAACUCCUAUUUCGGCUUCCUCCCGGGCAACACGACUUACCCGGAUCGCAUCCUGCUGGAGGAGCGAGCUCUGGAUUCGUACUACAACAUUCUCUUUUCCCUUAUCGAGUUUUGGCGCCGCCACACCGUCUGGCCGGAGCGCCUCACCAUUGUCAGCCACGCAUUCAAGCGCAACCGCCUGGUUGAUGGCCACUGCGCGGCAAUCGGGUUUCCUCUUGACCGGGUCGAUUUUAUCGGGAUCAACCCGCCGGGGUCGGGAUCCACUGAGAAGGCCGAGGCUAUGCGCGGUGUGCAGUUGGCCAUUGGGCAGUGGGCCGAAGAUCCCCAUGGGGUGGGCGAGGCGCUCGCAGGGAAGAGGCGGCGGAGGAAUUGCUGGGGCGUGCAGCAGCGGCUGUUCCUGGAUGAAGAGGAGAGGUCUCGGAGCGGCGUGGAUGUUCGGCAGUUGGACGAUGGGAGUGAGGCGCUUUUUGAGGGCGGUCGACGACCGUGGGCGAAAGGGUAG